ACAACAUUAUUCUUCCAUCUCCUUUAUAUACCCGUGCACUCAAGCAAUUGUGAUUCACACUAAGCAUCGAUAGCAUUUUACAGUCAAUUAUCAAGUUCUAUACAGAGUUCUCAAUUAUUACUCUAUCAAACAUGUCUCUGAUUCCAAGUUUCUUUAGUGGUCGAAGAAGCAACGUUUUCGAUCCUUUCUCCCUGGACGUCUGGGAUCCUUUGAAGGACUUUCCAUUUUCGAAUUCUUCACUUUCCGCUUCAUUCCCUCGUGAAAAUUCUGCUUUUGUGAGCACUCGAGUUGACUGGAAGGAGACCCCAGAAGCUCAUGUUUUCAAGGCUGAUCUUCCUGGCCUGAAAAAGGAGGAAGUGAAAGUUGAAGUUGAAGAUGAUAGGGUUCUACAGAUAAGCGGAGAGAGAAGUGUCGAGAAAGAAGAUAAGAAUGAUGAAUGGCAUCGCGUGGAACGUAGCAGUGGAAAGUUCUUGAGAAGGUUCAGAUUACCUGAGAAUGCUAAAAUGGAUAAAGUGAAAGCUUCCAUGGAGAACGGCGUUCUCACAGUGACAGUUCCAAAAGAAGAGAUAAAGAAGGCUGAGGUUAAGUCUAUUGAGAUUUCUGGUUAAACUUAGACUGAGUCUGUUACUCUGUUGCUUUAAAUCGUGUGCUUUCUUGGUUAUAAUGUUUUCCUUUUUGUGGGUGUGCAAGAAAUUAUAUGGUCAUGUAAUUCUGAAAUGUUAAUGUAUAAAUAAAUAAGUAAACAGUUGUUGUUAGUUGGUUAUUCUGGGUGGGUGUUAUUGUAUUCAUAUUCCAAUGAAUCGAACUGAAUGUUUAGUUGAAUGAAUAUUAAAAAAGAGCUUCAAGUUUAAAAUAUCUUAGCAACAAUAUUUUCACCUUUAACACAAAUUUUAAAUUUUGUCAAAUAGAGGAAGUUGACUUCACCAUU